CGCUACUGAGGAGCCUAUCGACACAGUUCGGACGGCCACGUCGCGUUCGUUCGCAUAGAGAACAAAGCGUGGGCUCUCGCAGCAGCACCCCUUGUGCCCUCUUCCGGUUCCAUCCGGCGGCCGACGGUGGUUCAGUUCUUUUGUUCCGAUUUCCGCGCCCGGUUUGCGGUUGUGUAGUUUUGGAUUGGAUCUGGGAAUACGUUUUCAUAACGAUUGAACUCGUUAGUCGGGAUAGUCGCGCUCGGUGAAGGUUUGGCAGCUUGCUGUUUUUGUUAUGCGCUGUGGGAAAAUUGUGAGAAAGUGUGACAAAUGGGGAAUGGCGGUCUUCGGUGGAAUUAAUUGUGUAUGAGUAUAAGAAAUUGCGACCAUUCAGUUGUGAAAAGUGUACAAUUUUAAAAGAAACGUGUUCAGUCAACUUUGUAAUAUGAGUGCAUAUCAGUCACACGGCUUAUCAACGAAGUAAUUGGAGGAAUCGAAGUUCAUUACUGGAAUUUUUACUCAAGUGAGAAUCGAAGUCACAAAGAUGUCAGUUCCAUAUGUAUUCAUUGCAUUGUUGCGGGUAAGAUUCGGAUAAAACCGCAUGGACGCCUUUUCAACGAAACGUAAGCAGCGUUACACAACCGGUGAAUUCAACUCGCCAGCCCUAUAUUCUAAACAAACCAAGAGAAAGCGGAACGUACUCUCGAAGCAAGAGGUAUUCCGCAUGCUAGCCCCUCAACUAGACCCAUUAUCCAGGCGUAGUAGUCGCCCUAAUCUCGCAGAAUGGAUAUUGUUAGAGUCUCCAAUAAUACUAAUACCAACGAUAGCGCCGGUAUCAGCCAGCAACCGCAGCAGCAACAGCAGCAGGCCGCUUCUGUGCAACAUUCUAAAACCAAGGACAAUAACAGCAAUACCAGAAAUGGCUUGAACCAACAACAAUCAACGAACUCCUCUACAUCGACACCGAAGCAAUCGCCCAGCGGAAGCCAGUGGGCUCCGGCCGGGUCCGUUGUGUCCUCGUCCGGUGGUUCGUUUGGCGGGUCCGACGGGCUGCACCAAGCGUCCAGUGAUUCGGGAAACAGUUCCUGCGUCAGUGGAAGCACUGCUGCGGAUGAUCCAGAGACAAAGAAUGCAAGUUUCGAAAGUGGCACCGACGGUGGUGAAGCCGUGGCUGCGGCAGUGAUCGCUGGUAGUGGCGAAGAAGAUGAAGAAGAGAUCGAUAGGGAAGAUGGCGGUGGUGAUGGUGAAAAGGAAUCGCUUUUGAAGGGGGGGAACAUUUAUGUGAAUAAAAUUUUUGAACGUGAAGAUGAGGGCAUUGAGUGCGAUAGGCUGAAGAAAUUGGUGGCACUGGAUGCUCGGGGUAGUUCGACGGAAACGGAUGAAAAUGCAGAGGAUGUGAAACCGCUCUUGAAAGUGGGUGUGGAAAACGAGAAGCGUAAACCGAAAAGUAUUGUGAAAAGUCCUUCAAAUUUGAGCUUUGGCAAGGAAUUGAAUGGUGGUGUUCAGAAGCAACGGCUUAAUCUACAGUUCCAGCUGCCGGUCGAAACCGUGAUCGACGAUCGACCGGUACAUCACGUGCAGUUUAGAAAACAGGAAAAUGGUUACUGUUGUCGUGGCUCCGGCGCCGAGCAGGAUCUUGGCAGUGGCGGAAACAACAACAACAACAAUGACAACAAUAGUAGCACUAAGCAGCAGAUUUGCUCCAGUCCGGUGGGCAGCAUAUUGUCCCAAGAAUCUGGUUCUGGUUCCAGCACGUCCUCCUCGUCGAAUGAGAACAGUUCGCUUGGCGGAUACGCCGAAGCGAGACCACCGGACGGGGGCUGGGGCUGGGUAGUGUGCUUCGCUUCGUUUAUGGUGAAUUUGAUUGCUGAUGGAGUGACGUUUAGCUUUGGCGUGCUCUACGUGGAACUGCUGAACUAUUUCGGCGAAGGCAAAGGUAAAACCGCCUGGGUCGGAUCGCUCUUCAUGGCUAUGCCACUUCUAUCCGGACCGGUGGCAUCGUUUCUUACGGAUCGGUACGGAUGUCGAAAUGUGACGAUAGUCGGUUCCAUCCUGGCCUCCGCCGGUUUUGCCUUAUCUGCCUAUGCGGAAACGAUUGAAAUGCUGUAUCUAACGUUCGGAGUGCUGGCCGGAUUUGGGCUGAGCUUGUGCUACGUGGCAGCCGUUGUGAUUGUGGCGUACUACUUCGACAAGAAACGAUCAUUCGCGAUUGGGCUGUCCGUGUGCGGCAGUGGUAUUGGGACGUGCAUCUUCGCAAAGGUGACGGAAAUUCUUUUGGACGAGUACGGCUGGCGUGGGACGACGCUGAUACUGGCCGGUAUUUUCCUCAAUAUGUGUCUUUGUGGCCUUCUGAUGCGUGAUCUCGAGUGGACAACGCACAAAUCGAAACUCAAACGUAAACAGAAGGAAGCCGAUUCGUACUCGGUGAGCAACAGUACGAAUACUGCCGGAACGACAAGCAAUCUGAACGCGGUCGAUGUCACUUCCGGUGGUGGUGGAGUUGGCGGUUUAGGAGGAGUACCAUCCGAGGCUGCACAGCAGGGUGCUAAGGGAGAACAAUCGAACAAUCCGGAUGAUCCUCGGUUGUUCAGUUCGUUGAUCACUCUUCCUACCUUCAUCAAAAACGAGGAGAAAGUACCCUACGAAGUAUUAGAAUUACUCCAAAAGCAUCAAAAUGUGCAUGAGCAUGUUUUGCAAAAUUAUCCUAAUCUGCUACAUUCUCGUAGCUUCAGUGAACCAUUAGCACCUAAGAGUAAUGAACUAUCCACGGAGAAGGCUGGCAAUCCCGGUCAAGUAAUUUCCUCGGAUUCCCAUAAAGGCCACCAAUUGGAUCAUCUACCCCCCGGCGAUGACGUCGAGCAUCAACACCCAUUCCUACGACGAGCCCACAGCCAUCGACCGACGGGUGUUCGCACACCGACGACCGCCUAUCUCAAGGAUCUCCGAAUGCACCGACAUUCCCUCACCUACCGAGGGGCGAUGUUGAACAUUCAACGCUAUCGACUGCGGGCUUCGUCCUGUCCGGACAUCUACCGGAACUCGAUGACAACGAUCGCCAAGGAAAAGACCGCCUGGUAUCAGGGAAUAGAUGAGUUCAAGACACUGCUGGUCAGUAUUUUGGACCUGUCCUAUUUCCGUGAUGUCCGUUUCCUGCUGUUUGCGAUCUCGAACUUUUUACUGUACACGUGGUACGAUGUGCCGUACGUAUACCUGACGGACAAUGCAACCGCGAUGGGCUUCACAAAGUCCCAGUCUUCGAUGUUGAUUUCCAUCAUCGGCAUUGUGAACAUGGUCGGAGAGAUCGUGCUCGGUUGGAUGGGCGAUCGGAAGUCCGUCAAUGCCAACUUGACGUACGCAGUUUGUAUGGGGCUUUGCGGCUUGGUGACCGCUUUGGUGCCACUAUUUACGGACUAUACGGAGCUAUCAUUUUUGGCCGGAGCGUUUGGGCUGUUCAUUGCCGCAAACUACUCACUGACAAGUAUUAUCCUCGUUGAACUGAUCACAUUGGAACGUUUUACCAAUGCCUAUGGGCUGCUGCUACUGGUGCAGGGUGUGGCCAAUUUAAUCGGACCACCACUAGCCGGUUGGAUAUCGGACAUUAUGGAGAGCUACAAUUUGGCAUUCUACCUGGCUGGUUUGUUUAUUGCGUUGUCGGGAUUAUUACUGCUGGUGUUGCCCGCCAUUGAAGAGUACAAGAAGUACCACCAAAGACGAGUUUCGAAGGAGAAAGGUACAUCGUUCGAUGGCUACGGAAUGAAUAAUUUGACGCUUAAGACGGGCAACGGCAAAACGAACGGCGCUGCAGUGCUACUGACCGACUGUUUCGGGCAGGAAAAGCUCAUCAAAGAGGGCGCCAACGUUUGAAGCUCUCCCCAGCUAGCUGUAGUCGGCGAGAACCCACCACACCACCAGAACCAACGAAAACGACACGUGUGGUGAGCUUAACCCUCUUCUGCCUCUCUGUGGCGCACUACUGAGUAGUUUUUGUUUUGUUUCUACGAAUUAUCGCUGGAAAAAGGCGUUUAAAGACGCCGUAAAUUUGGCAGCAAUUAUUGCUUUCUAGUUUAGUUCAAGUUGAAUGUGAUCGAUCAAGUGAAACUCAGGCCAUUAGUUUUUUCGUUACCGGGAGAAUGUGUUUUUACUUGAAUUUGUUUCGGUUUUACGUGACUGUUUACUUUAAUAAAAUUUAAAAAAAAAAUAAUGGAACAUAGUUUGUUUCGACCAGACAAGCGGUGCAGCUGCCCUUUUUCCACUGUAAAAUUAUAACCAUUAAGAAAUAAAUCCAUUAAAUAUUAUGACAGCUAGAAUUAAGGCGCGAACAAAAGAAAAAAAAUAAUAGAACCUUCCCUCUUUUUUGACCAUCGAUAGUAAACUACAAUACCAAUGAUUCUAAAUUAAAUCGUAGACCAAUAGGAAGGCAAGCAAACUUUUGAUUGUACACUCACACGACGAGUUUGUCAACUCAUCAAGUAAAUGCAACUCAUUCAUCGCUGAUAGCAAACAAAACUGUGUCUAAGUUACGGUUUGGUGUUUAUGAAAUAUGUACCUAGUAGUAGAAGUAGUAGUUUCGGUGACAUCCA